AACCCGACCGGCAACCGAUGAGAAAAAUACAUUUUGAUAAACUUCACAUACGACUUGACCACAAACACGAAUACAGCAUCUUCAACCUAGAACGCUAUCAUGGAAAUUAAGGGAAACGAUGUGACAGCAAAUAGUGCAAGUUUGCAAGAAAGUGUUUCAUUGUGCAACAGAGUUUCUACGAUAGCGAACCUUCUUCUUCACCAGUUGAUUGCUGUGGUGACUGGUUUGGUACUAUGGGUACUUUUCGCUCAUUUAAAUAUCAACCAGUAUAUUCUUUGGCAUGCAGUACUGUUAGUGAUAGCCUUCUUACCACUGAUGUCAGGAGGCAUCUUAUGUUUUUCGAGCAACAAUGUUUGGUUACAAGGUAUCAACAGGUCCACAAGGUACUACAUACACGGGAUAUUCCUGACUGGUGCGGUCAUUUCAAUGACUGUGGGAAUAUCGUUGGAGAUAUAUUCAAGACGCCAGUCUGGAAAGCUACACUUUCAGACUAAUCAUUCCAUUACAGGUCUAGUUUCCUGGAUCUCAGCAUUUAUCUCCUGCCUAUUAGGCCUAGCUUCCUUCUACUCUCGAAGGCUGAAGAACAUAGUGAAACCAGUGCACCUCAAGUUGCUUCACAGUCUAUUUGCACUUGCUUCAUUUGCAAUCGGCAUUGCAAGUCUAUGCCUGGGCUUUGAAAAGAAAAGCUAUGCCCUUCACGUCACGGAAACCCAGUUGAGUGCUUCACAAUGGAUGGUUAUAAUUAUUGCGGUUUUUAUAGGGCUAUCUGCAUUAAGAGAUAUUGUGCGGCAUGUAAAAGCAAUCUGCCGGUGAACUGAUAAUAUGGUAUAGCUUGAUCUAGACUUAAUUCUUGUGUGAAUCGAAAUAUACAGGGUGGCGCAGAUGAAACGCAUGUUUUCUGAGUGAAUAGUAUUUCGCAAAGAGAAGUGGGUUGACCUUGCCUCACCGCCAGAAGAGAACACAGGCAAUGCAGUUUUAGCCAUGGCACCGUGGACAACUAAGCAUCGUCGGUUUGACGUCGAGCAAUUUUUCCGAAACAAUGAUUCUGUAGUCACCGUGCAACGUUUAUUCCGUCGCCAGUUCAAUGUUGAACGCCAAGGGUCAAUUCCAGAUCGAAAUACGAUACUCCGAUGGAUUGAGGCAUUUCGAACUACUGGAUCUGUAAUGAAGAGGAAGCCACCUGGCCUUCCUCGUACCGUUCGAACACCAGGGAAUAUCGAAAUAGUGAGAAGAGCGGUCCUCGAUAGUCCUCCAGCUCUGCGUAUGUAUCGUCGAUCGUUACAACGCAUUCUGCACGAUUUACAUUUUCAUCCCUAUAAAAUAACGAUUGUGCAAGAGCUAACGGAAAGUGAUUUUGCACAGCGUAGACAGUUUUGUGCGAGAAUGCUGACCAUUUUUGCUGAUGAUCCUAACGUCAUUAUAAUGGUGAGGUACGAAGCACACUUCCAUUUAACCGGAUAUGUAAACAAGCAGAACUGUAGGUAUUGGGGGCCGGAAAUCCAGGAGAGCUACACCAGCGACCCUUGCAGAGUGAAAAAUUGACUGUGUGGUGCGGAAUUAGUAAGUUAGGUACCACUGGUGCUUACUUCUUUUAGGAGGAAGAAAGAGCAGUAACAGUUACUUCAGCUCGUAAUGUUCACAUGUUACAAAAUUUUCUAUUACGGCAACAAGUAAACAUUGGAGAACUGUACUUCCAACAAGAUACCUUCAGGCUAAAGUGUAACCUCUGCGCCACCCUGUACUUCAUUUGAAAUCAGAAAAAGACUGUUCCAUUUCCACGCUUACUGGUGAUAAAGUAAUUAUGUUUUUUGAAGCCUAUAUGACAUGAAGGUCGCGAAAAACCAUGUCACUCAUUACCGUCUGCCUGUCUGUCCGCAAAUCCUUGGCCCAUCUAUAACUUCGAAAAUACUGUUCGGAUUUGAAUGAAAUUUUUACACAAGGUUACUACUAUGUCAAGGACCAAAAAGCUUUGUUGUUUUUCAAAACCAACCAUGUAGCGACAGAAAAAAAAUUCCAAAGCGGUUAAAAAUAGCUCAAACUUCGUUUCUUGAGGUUUCAGAGGAUACUGAUCAUUUUUGAAAAUCGCCUUGGGGAUAAAACAUUGGAAGGUGGAGAUCGUAUGAGGUGGGGAAGGGUGUAGUCACUGAUGUAAGAAUAUUGAAUCCCUUCCAACCCCGGUAAUUCUACCUGCUUAUUGGACAUAUUUCACACACAUACAUUUCCCCCUACAUUUGCGCUUGAAACUUCGCGUACCUAUCGGUACACGCUUGCCGUGCGCCACGGAGUUGUUAAUAUUGCAUCUUUGUUAGCAGAUCAGAGGGGCUUAUAAAGAAAUAGUGCUGUAAGUGGCGCCCUCUAGAAGUUUAGCCAUACAAAAUAACCGACUCUUGUUUCUUAUACUAGAAAACCUCCCUAUACCGAGUUUUAUGCCAAAAUCUAAAAUACUUCUCAAGCAAUUGGACCGAGGUAUGUUUAGGUCAAUUCAUUUAAUGAGAUAACUUGUGAGAAAACAUUAUAUAGUACAGUAUAUCUAGUAUACAGGGUGAUUGGAAAAUGUGAGCUAUUCUCAUUAACUGGGGAUCGGAAUUGAGCGGUUUCCGAGAUAUCGGCAUUUCAAGAUUUUUUAAGAAUUUUCUGCUUAUUGAUGAAUAUUUUUUUUUUAAUCUACUCAUUUCUUGGAACUGAAUUGAUGGUUUUCUGGAAGCUGUGAAACUAGCAAAUAAUUGAGAUUAAAACGCUAUACCAAAAGUUUGCAACUGUUAGAAAUAAAAGGCUGUUAGUGAAGAGAUUUUGAUUUUUUUUUAUUAUUUCGAAAAUCAUCAUAAGUUAUUUGAAAUAAAAUGUAUGAUAUACGGCAUACAGAUUACUAAAAUGAUUGCAGAACUUCACGAGCUUUCCAAAACCAUACAAAUCUUGUUAACUGUUUCAAGCAUUUGAAAAAAAAACAGCAACCAUCGAUUAGAGAUAGUAUAGUAGAUUUCGUAAAUCCAAUUUUCACAAAACAGUUUUCUCGGAAUAAAAUGCAUUGUAUUUCUACGUGUCAAGCUGACGCGUUUAACUCCGUAUCUAUUCGGGUUUGCCCAUCGGAGUGUCCAAUGAGGUUCGUGAUGCGUCAUGACAGACAGUUUGUUUAUCGCUUAGUACCAACUAUCUUUGGAAUUCAGACGUGUUGUAUCGUGUUGUGAUCUUACUAAACAUUCCUGCAAAUUGUCUAUAUGUGUAAUGGCUGCUUACGAAAAUGAAAAAUAUGCCGACAUUAUGUAUUGUUACGGGUUUUGUAAUGGUGAUUCUGCUGCAGCACCGGCGUUUACCUGAUGUAAACGUGUUUGAUACUACUUACCGACGCCUUCGAGAAUCUGGCUCGGUUCAUCGACAACGAAUAGACACUGGCAGACCUGCCAUCCAUAAUGCUGACGAAGAAGAAGACAUUCUAGAGUGUUUUCGAGUAGACCCCACUGUGUCAACUAGACAAGUGGCACUGCAACUAGGCAUAUCCCAAUGGAAAUCCUGGUUUAUUACUCAAACAGCGCAACUUUAUCAAUACCAUUACAUUCCAGUGCACGCUAUGGAGGAGGGCAACCCUGCACGAAGGAUUGACCUUUGUAGAUUCUUAAUUCAUGCCGAUAUUGAAAACCCAGAGUACCUCAAAAAUAUGCUUUGGACUGAUGAAUCGAAAUUCGAUCGUGAUGGUAUUACAAGUUACCACAAUGCCGACUAUUGGGCCCCUAAGCGUCAAAAUCCAAAACAAUUCAAGGGCAGCAGCGGUGGCCGCAGUAGUAGACUCUUCGGUCUCCUGAUCAGUCGCCGUGCGCUGUGCGGGUU